AUGACCAAGACGGCAAGUAUAGAGAUGGUAACUGAUGAGAAUCUGGAAAAACAUAUUCACAAACACAUGGGGUGCAUGGCUGGUUUCCUUCAAAUCUUCGACCGGAAUCAUAUUCUCUCUGGAAAACGCAUCUACUCCACCAAAAGACUCCCGCCGCCAUCGCCGGAAACACCACGGAAAGACGAUGGCUCACCGGCGCUAUCAGCAACACCGUCUCCGGUUAAAGAGGUCCAAUGUGUAGCAAAACCAGUCCUCCCAGUUCUGGAACUCAAAGAAGGUACAAGAUCUUCAUGGAAAUUCUCAAGAGAGGCUCCGAGACUCUCUCUCGAUAGCAGAGCAGUGGUUGACGCCAAAGGAGCCCUUCACCCGAGAGAGAUCCGAACAAACACAACGGUAAACCCGGAAAACGACGGUGACAAACAGCGUCGUUCCACCAGCAGCGUAAUUGUCAGGCUCAUGGGUCUUGACUCGUUACCAACGGACUCCGUUGCAAAGCUGCAAAGAUCUGCGUCGGAGUCCAGAGUUUCCAGAGAUCGGUCCAACAAUUACACUCAACGCAGUAAUGCCGGCUCGGGCUUGAACCAGAUGAAUAAUCAUAAUCAUAAUCAUAACAAAACUAAUUCUAAUGUUGUUAAUGUUCAUGCUACUAGAAAUGCUAAUGUUAUUAAUUCUUAUUCUUACGGUACAAUCGAAGAUAGUCGAUUGUGGAACGGUAGAGUUGUUGCAGAGGGAGGUAGAGGGAAACAUAAUCAAAAUAAGGUAACAGUAAUGGUACAAAAGAAGAGUUUCUACGACUCUACAGAUUUCUUCCCUGAACCGAAGCACAAUGUCUCGAUCUCCGAAGAGAUAGAGAAAAGGUUGAAGAUGCGUGGGAUUAACCAACCUUCUCAAGAUCUCGACACUCUGAAACAUAUCUUAGAAGCUAUGCAGCUCAAAGGCCUUCUUCGUUCCUACAAGUCAAACCAAUCUCCCAUUGUGUUAAUGCACCCUCCCAGAUCUUCUCGGUUCGAGCGGUUUGAACGGUUCAAUCGGUUCGGUUAUGAUUCUCCACCUCCGCAUUCUUCAGUUCGGUCUAAUUCUCCAGCUCGCCGGAACUUAAGUCCUAGACUUUUCGGCGAGUAUGACCGGGCUCAAGUUUGUUCGAGAAACUCGAGCCCGAGCCGGAGGAAUGCGAAUGUCCCGAACAUGGAGACGCGGAGGAGAGUUAGUAACAACGAGGGUGUUGAUUCUAGAAGAGUGUCUCCUGUUCAUUCGCCUAAGAUAAGUUCCAGAAGAAAUGCAACGGCUCCGAUAGUGACAGGUGGAUCUCCGAGGAUGAAAAAAGUGAUUGAUCCUAAGGUGAAAAUGUUGGGUGUAGCAGAGGAUGAAUGGUCCAAUGUUUCAGAUAACAGUUUCACCACUUCCAAUUCUCAUACCGAUUCAGAGAGGUAUAAAUUGGAAGAGUACAAAGAAGGGAGGAAUCUGCUUGAUAGAUGCGACAAAUUGCUGAACAGCAUAGCGGAGAUAACCGCAUCUAACGAGUUACAACCGAGUCCUGUAUCAGUUCUUGACCCGUCUGUUUACAAGGACGAGUGGUGUUCACCUUCACCAAUUACCAAAAGAAACAUUGAUUACACUUUCAAAGAUCAAGUGGCGGAAUUUGAAGAUGAAAUGUGGAGUGCAGAGGAGGGAAAAUCCGAGGAGGAAGCGAAAUCAGAGGAUUGUGAUUUCGUUUAUUUUUCUAAGAUUCUGCGUGCUUGUAGUUAUUAUCCAGAAGAUUGCGACAUUUUUGUUUUACUUGAGAAGCAACAAUUUCUGAAGGGGAAGGAUACUUCAAAGACUUCUACAUUACAGAGACGGUUAAUUUUUGACACGCUGCAGGAAAUAAUUAACCGGAACCAAAGACUACCGCCGUGGAAGGUGGUGUCUCAAGGAGAGGAAACACAAAAGAUCUGGUUGGAGUUUCUGAGGAUACGAGAUAGGGAGGAAUCGGAAUCGGAGGACUUGUUUAGAGUGAUAUGUGAUGUGUUAAAGAAGGACAUGGCAGAGGAGGUGAGUGGUUGGGGUGAAUGGACGGUGGAGAUGGGAGAGUUGGUUUUGGGCGUCGAACGGAUGGUAUUCAAAGAUCUAAUUGACGAAACUAUACAACAUCUUGCUUCAUUUGCACCACAGUGUAACAAACUAGGGGCGCUUCGUAGACAACUUGUAUUUUGA